AUGAUUGUGUUCCUUAUCAACAAGGUUUAUCACAAAAAAAGUUUGGUGGCUGAAAGUUUUUCAAUCUUUCUUAAAAUCGGAGAAAUUAGGGUGGUUCUAUAAUUAUGCGUCGCAGUGUAUGAAUGAAUGUUCAACUGGAAUAAUCUGUAAAAAUUGAAAGUUUUAAGUUUUGCCUUUGAAGCCAUUUUGUUUGGAAGUCUGAAUGAUCUUUUUUUAAAGCUAUAACUGGUAGGAUCAGGUCGUACAGUAAUAUGUAAUCUUUUUCCUCCUACAGAGCUGCGUGAUUGGCCCACCCGGACCCCCAGGCUUACCUGGAGCGGAUGGAGACGACGGACUUGACGGAAUCCCUGGAGCUUCAGGGCCUCCAGGCCUUGACGGUUUUAUUCCACAAGGUCCGACGAUCGCCGAGUUCUGCUUCACUUGCGCUCUGGCGAGACCUGGCCCGCCAGGAGCUCCGGGACCAAAAGUUUGAAAAUUCCUAUUGAAACCCAAAAUCACUUUUUAGGGAGCUCCAGGGGAACCCGGAAUACCAGGACUUCCAGCGCUUACCUCACUUGUAAGUCCGCCAGGACCACCAGGAAUACCAGGACCGCCAGGAUUCGACGGAGAACCAGGAGCCGAUGGAUUCCCGGGAGCCCCUGGCCAAGUCUUUCACAUUUCAGGAGGCUAUCCAGGACCUCCAGGGGCAGAUGGUCCUCCAGGACUGGCAGGACUACCUGGAAGACCUGGCGAGCCUGGUAGAGAAGUACCUGGACCUGUAGGUCCGGUUGGAGAUCGAGGGGCUCCUGGAAGGCCUGGCAAAGCUGGAAUACCUGGUCCUCCAGGCAUAGCUGGUCCAAACGGUUCCCUUGGAGAUUGUGAACAUUGCCUGCCUCCUCGAGUUGCACCCGGAUAUUUUUGA